AUGCAAAAAGGCCGUUCCAGGGAGCGGAGGCAGAACCCCCGGGCCCAGUAUGAGAAGGAGGACGGCCUAAACAGGUCAAGGGGAUGCGACGGGAGUGAGGGAGGGGCGGAGAACGGGGGGAAGCCUAAAGGACAGGAGGACCGGACGCGUGUGGGGGGAGGCAUAAUCCCGUUGAAUAAGGGCUAG